AUGCGCGCUUACAAUCCGAAUCGUGUAUUGCUCGGCAAACGCGUCAUUGGCGCCAACGCAAGUUCUUGGUUGAAUAUACAAAAUCUCGCACACAAAUGCACUGCCGCCGACGCAAUCACACACACGCCUUCAGACAAAUCAGCUGAUUCGACUACGGAGUGGCAGCAAGCACGUCCCUUCAAUCAGUUGCCGAGAGGAAGCGUUUUUAAAUUUCUCCGGCAAUUGCUGCCCGGUGGCCGAUAUUACAAAUUAGACUCCGCGCAAUUGCUGAAGGCAAUGCAAGAGGACUAUGGCGAUAUUUAUAUAAUGCCUGGCAUGUUCGGCCGACCUGACGCCUUAUAUACACACAAUCCAGCUGACUUCGAACGUGUCUUUCGCAAUGAGGGCGUCUGGCCGAUAAGACCCAAUUCGGUGACACUGCGUUAUCAUCGUAACAAAUUGCGCGCUGAUUUCUAUGGGGACGUCGAGGGAAUACUUGCAACCCAUGGUGAGCAAUGGAGCUCAUUUCGAACGGUCGUUAAUCCAUUGCUAAUGCAGCCGAAAAAUAUUAAAAUAUAUCUCAACAAAAUGGCGCAGGUGAAUCAAGAAUUCGUAGAGAGAAUCCGCUUGAUACGCGAUACUAAAACUCUGGAAAUGCCCGACGACUUUAAAGAGAACAUACAGCAUUGGACACUCGAAUCGGUGGCUCUGGUGGCACUGGACAAGCAGCUCGGGUUGCUGCGUGAAAAUAGUGAAAAUUUCGCCGAUGCUUCAAAACUUUUUGCAGCGUUAACGGAAUGGAUGUAUCUUACACUAGAUUUAGAAUACACACCAUCGCUUUGGCGUAUUGUGGCAACGCCGAAGUUUAAACGCUUGAUGCGAGCUUUGGAUGACAUACAAGAUGUAACAUCGAAGUAUACCAUGGAGGCGAUUGCCAAACUAGAAGAGGAGCAACAACGCGGUAUCGAGCGUGAAGAGAAUGAAAAGAGCAUUUUGGAGAAAUUGCUGAAAAUCGAUAGGAAAAUCGCCACAGUAAUGGCAAUGGAUCUACUGCUAGGCGGUGUCGAUACAACUACUUCACUCACCGUUGGUGUCCUACUCUGUUUGGCCAAGAAUCCCGACAAACAGGAAAAACUACGCGAGGAAGUAAAGCGUAUACUACCACAAAAGAAUGGUGAUUUCGCUGCUGAUACGCUAAGUAAAAUACCAUAUUUACGCGCCUGCUUGAAGGAAGCACUACGCAUGUACCCAGUGACUAUUGGAAAUAGCCGUGUGCCACAGAAAGACGUUGUGUUGAGCGGUUAUAGAGUACCUAAAGGCACCGUGAUUAGUAUGAUUCACUCAACGCUACUAAAAAGUGAGGAACAUUACGCGCGUCCAUUGGAAUACCUACCCGAACGUUGGCUGCGACCAAGUAGCGAAACUGUUGAGGAACCAGGGUGCGCAGCGAUUGAAGACACUAAACAGUGGAAAGCCAGUAGCCCCUUUGCGUUUCUGCCCUUUGGUGUGGGUCCGAGAGCUUGUUUGGGUCGUAGAAUUAGUGAUUUAGAAAUUGAAUUGGGUAUUGCCAGAUUGGUGCGAAAUUUCCAAAUUGAAUUUCAUUAUCCGACAGAUAAUGUCUUCAAGAAUAUGUUAAUUAACAUGCCAAAUGCGCCAUUAAAAUUUAAGUUCAUUGAUAUUCAGUAGUUGUGA